AUGCGUCUCAGCGAUCAAUUUGGGUAUGAUCUCACUCUUUCCGACCAAGACGCUUUGGCGGCCUGGAACGCGACUGUCCUGGCCUUUCUGGCGCACGGUAAAACAACGCCGGAACAUCUUGAAAGAUGCCUGAGCCUCAGUCCGGAUUUCGCUCUUGGCCAUGCGGCCCGCGGACUGUUCUGUCUUUUGCUAGGUCGCAAGGAACUCCUGGGAACAUCGCAGGAAUGCCUGGCGAUUGCCAAGACCUCGGCACAACACACUCCGGUCACCGAGCGCGAGCAGGCCUUUAUCGAUGCGCUGGACACCUGGAUGCAGGGCUUUCCCUCGCGGUCCGCGGACAUCCUCGACGCGAUGCUUGUGCGCGCUCCCGAAGACGCGUUCCUCAUGAAAGUCAUUCACGCCAUCCGUUUUGUGCUCGGCGAUGCCGUCGGGAUGCGCCAGUCCAUUGAACGCGUCUUUUCGGCAUACGACGAAAAGCAUCCGGCCUAUGGCUACCUGCUUGGCUGCCGUGCAUUUUCCCUUGAGGAGACCGGCGAUUACCGCCUGGCAGAGGCUUCGGGUCGCAAGGGAUUGGAAUUCGCUCGUGACGAUGCCUGGGGCCUGCAUGCGGUCGCGCACGUUCACGACAUGACCGGCCGCUCCGAAGAAGGUGCCGGCUGGCUUGAAAACCAUCCGGAUGGCUGGGCUCACUGCAACAAUUUCGGUUAUCACGUCUGGUGGCAUCUCGCGCUGAUGUAUCUGGACCAGGGCGAAGCCGACAAGGCGCUUGCACUCUAUGAUGCAGACAUUCGCAAAGACAAGACAGACGACUACCGGGAUAUUUCCAAUGCGGCUUCGCUGCUGGUUCGUCUUGAACUGGAAGGGGUCGAUGUCGGCGCCCGCUGGGAAGAAAUUGCCCAACUCUCCGACAAACGCGCCGAAGACGGCUGCAAUGUGUUUGCCGACCUCCACUACCUGCUGGCGCUGCUGAACGGUGGACGCCGAAUGGGCUCCGACAGGCUGCUGAACGGCCUGAAAGAACGCGCGCAGAGUGAAACGGAUAUCGGCCGGAUUUCCGCCGAAGCCGGAUUGCCGACGGGCCUCGGCCUGGAGCAAUACCGCAAAGGCAACUACGCCUCAGCGUUUUCGCUGUUGACGUCUGCCCGUGACAAUCUUCACACGAUCGGCGGCUCGCAUGCACAGCGGGAUGUUUUCGAACGCAUCACCAUUGACGCAGGCUUGCGGGCAGGUUUUUCGUCAGAAGCUGAAACGCUGAUCAAGAGCCGUAGCAGCAAGCGCGGCGCACUUGACCGUUUUGCCGAACAGCGGCUUGAGAUCUGCGGAAAGAUGCGGCGCGCCGAGCAGGUGAUGGAAGACGAGAACCUGAGAGCUGCGAACUCGGUCUAG